AUGGCAGGGGCGUGGACGCCUCCUUUUAAUGACCCAGAUGCUCUCGCCUCGGACUUUGUCACCCAUUUCUUCACUAUGGGUAUCCUCCGCGCAAGCAGCGAUUUCGAAAUCAGAGAUUCUCAGUUUAACGACGUUCAAGGUGGUCAAAAAAUCUACAUCAACACAUUCAACGACUGCCGCUUCGGAAGCGUACCGUUUACAACGAAGGGGAUGCACCGGCAGCAACGCUCGCCAUCAAAUGGCAUCCCGUCAGCUCAGCAGGUCCCUUCGAUCUUUACCUACGACCCUUGCUUUUCGAAAGGGCGUCGUGGACAACCCGCCAUGCAAGACUGGGCUUGUACUUGUGGAUACCGUUCUCUUCCACCAAUCCCCUAUUUCUCACGUCCGUCACGGCCGAUUCGGCCGUCCAACCGCGCAUUGGACGAUCCCCUUGUGAACCACUAUCUAACCUGCGUCGUUAGCAUACAAUAUCUGCUCGCCGACAAAGAGGCCACGGCCACUCUCAUCUAUCUUACUGUCCAAACUAACGCAACCAUACACGAGGCAGUCCGAUUGCUUGCUGCUGUACAUCAGGACAAACGUCGUUGCGGACAACCUCGUUCUCUGGAAACCCCCGACCGAGAUAGUUCCCGCAUAUAUGGUAAGCUCUCGGUGGCCUUACUCGACAAGAAGCAAGCCCGGUAUACGAAAGAGGAUGCCAUGGCGGCGUUACUAGUCGUCUCCUCAGUCCUUUUUGAUGGCGGGACGGGCGGCUGGCAGCUAUGGCUCCAGGUUGCGUUUGAUUAUCUUGACCAGAUUUUCAAGUCACCUGAUGGUGUAGAAAAUGCCCUCAGAGCUCACGCCAAAGACGAUAGCUUCAUCUUCAUCGUUAAGAAUGCAUUCUGGUUCGACGUCAUUGCGUCGGCCACUCGGCAACAAAGACCACACUAUUAUCACGAAAUCGACACAAUCUUUCAUCCCUCGCGCUCCCCAACAUCACCGCCCUUGCUCUCCAUGGAGGAUUCCAUCGGCUGCCACAACGACAUUUUUUGGGCGUUGAACCGGACAUCCGCAUUCUCGUCGACGGCUCGCCCGUUUCUAGCUCACUCCCGUGAUGUCGAUUUCAUUAUGGAGCUCUUGAACGGGCAUGCGCAAGGACACCGCCACCCAGAACCUGCGGCUUGCUGCUGCGAGUGGAGCCGGCGGUACACGUCCCACAUGCUCUGCAUGGCCACGAUUGUAUGGCUACGAUCUCUCAUGAGUGGCGCCCACUCCGUGUUUCCCAUGGAACAUAUAGUGCAGAAUUUUCUCCAAUCUCUCCGAAGCAUUCCAACCGAGGAGCGUACACAGCGUCACAUUGUCCGCAGCUCCGUCUUCUCUAUCUUCAUAUGCGGUCUUUUCGUAACACAGCAAGAAGGCCGCCAACUCCUCCAGGACCACCUUCGCCAACAAUCCACGGACAGCAUAGGGAACUGUACAGCUAUUAUGAACCUAUUGGAGUCAAUAUGGCAAGAUCAUGACACCGUUACCGAGAAUGGGAAAUGGCUCGCACCUGUGACAUGGCGUGGCCCGCUCAAGAGGUCUCGUCUUCUACUCGUUUGA